UCCUCCGCCGUGCAGCCUGCCGGCAAUCUCCAUCCCACCACCGAAGACCACGUUGUCUGCCUGUGCCUGCGCCUGCGCCUAUGCCUGUGCCUGUGCCGCUGCCGAAGAAUGGCCCCUUAUGCCUCCAUCGCGCGACCAGCAGCUGCCUCCACCACUCGACAAGCAGGACUCGGGUGUCGAUGUCGGCGUCGACAGCAUGGCCUCUCCCACCGCCACGAAGACGAAGACGAAUGGGCCGCGUCGCAAGAUGCGAGAACUGUGCGAGGGCCGCCGUGCCCGCGAGUUUUAUCGUUAUUAUCGGCCCAUCAGAGAACUGACCAAAUCGGGACCUCCCAUAUGUGAUGUUGGCGAUGACCGGGCCGUGCAGUCCCACCGGCCGUUCAGCUGCCCCGAUCGAGCAUUAACAGCUUUCUGUCAACUGGGUGCCUUGCGAAUGGGCACGAAGCGGGCGCUGUUAUUCUUCUUCGACUCGACCAACGCAUACGUGCUCGCCGAAUCGACCAGGACAUUGAGUCUGCAGGAUGAUUCCAAGCAUGCCGCCAACGAUGACUUGUGGCUCGGACAUGCCAUUAUUCCACGCGGCUAUUCUGUGUGCGAGCAUACCAUCAUGCUGCCCGCCAAUGAAGGCACCAACAAGAAUGACGUGACCUCAGAUUUCAUCCACAUCGUCAAUGAUCUCGCCAAAGAUGCCCGAUUUCACGAUCGGCCAUUCGUCAGUGGACGACCGAAGGCGAGAUUCUAUGCGGGUGUCCCAAUCACAACACCCCGCGGUAUCAACAUUGGCGCAUACUGCGUGCUUGGCGAUGAACCGCGUGACGGUCUGGACGACGACAGCAUCAAUUUCAUGCGUGAUAUGGCUCUGACCGUCAUGACCCACUUGGAGAUGGUUCGGGCGACAGCAGAGCACAAGGUGGGCACCAAGAUGAUUGCAGGCCUGGGUGCUUUCAUCGAUGGUGCGUCAGGCUUUCGAGACUGGGCAGAGAGGAAUGCCGAUUGGAAUCUGGACCAAGUCGAGCAGGAUCCGGCUAUGCAACAUCCCCUUGGAGUGCAGCCGCUAACGAGUGCAGCAUCGGCUGUCGCCGCGACAGCUGUGGCUGUAAGUGAACAAGAGAGCGACUCGCACACAGCUGCUCUUCUGUCCAACCAGCAUCAUCAUCAUCACGACGCAUCGGAUCGACGAAGCUCCACGCAUAGUAGCGCCAGCGGCGUAUCAUCCAUGGUGGACUCGGCUUCCCAUGCUCUCAAGUACAGCAGGAGUGCAGAAACAUUGCAAGAUCACGAAGUGUUCUCGAGCAAACACAGCACGUUCAAUCGAGCAGCAACAUUGCUGCGGGAAGCCAUGGGAGUCGAUGGCGUGGUGUUCUUAGAUGCCGCCGUGGGCACCUUUGGGGGCUUAGUGGAACCUGUCGAGUCGGGUCACAACUCCACGACGCACACUGAGAUGAGCUCUGACAACAAUCCUUAUAGCGAAUGUACCGAGGCGAAUGGCACAGGCACCGAUGGCGAGACCAAGAUCAUUGAGUACCCUACAGGCGAGGAUCCUUCGCGAAAGCAAUGUCAGGUUCUUGCGUCUUCAGUUGCUCUGUCGAGUGAUACCAAGAACGAGGUUGAAGACGCGCAUGAAGCCACUGAAGUGGCUUUGAAGUGCCACGAGAAUCUCAGCGAGAGGUUGUUGCGAUCUCUGUUACGAAGAUACCCCAAAGGCAAAAUAUGGUCCUUCAACGAAUUCGGCGAAGUUGCAUCUGAUGACGACGACGACGUUUUAUCCGAAUAUCACAGCGAUGACAAGACUUGUAAAUGUGGCCCGAGUAACAAAAGUGAUGAUGGCAAGCAAGCACAUAUCCUCUCUUGUGCACAGCGCAGGAAACAACGCCGCCGGAAUGACUGUGCCGAGAUACUGAAGCUGUUUCCGGGAGUGCGAAGCUUCGGGCUGGUUGGUAUGUGGGACAACACCAGGCAACGCCACUACGCCGCUUCUCUCUUUUGGACGUACUCACCCCUUCGCCUGUUCUCUGAAGAGUCGGAAGUCAAGUAUACAGCCGCAUUCUGCGAUGUGAUACUAGCUGAACUCCAUCGCAUCGAGGCGCAAACCUCUGACCGAGCCAAGUCCGACUUCAUAUCUACCAUCAGCCACGAGUUGCGAAGUCCGCUGCAUGGCAUCUUGGGAUCUGUGGAGUGUCUGCAGGAAAGUGAAUUUGAUUCAUUCAGUUCCAAUCUCAUCUCACAAGUCGAGAUAUGUGGACGAACACUGCUCGAUAUCAUCGAUCACCUGCUCGAUUUUAGCAAGAUCAACCAUCAUGCGAGUCGCAGAGCACCCACCAUGAUCGAUGGACAAGGUCGCAAGAUGUCCAUGAAUGCUGCAAAGCGAUCUCGCAUGGGCGGUCUGAUGUCGCUGGACGUAGAUGUCGCCCUUGAUCAGAUUACCGAAGAGGUGGUGGAGACGGCAGUGUACAGUUUCUGUUGUAGUCGUGAUACAGAGACGGUACUGAAUCGGAAAGUGGCAGUGGUUCUGGACAUCGAUCGAACGCCUGACAUUGAUUGGCAUUGUAGUGUCGCGCUGGGAGCGUGGAAGCGUAUCUGCAUUAACCUCGUUUCGAAUGCACUCAAGUACACGAGCGAAGGCCACAUUCGAGUGUCACUCAAGGCGACCCCACUUCCGGACAAGAACAAGAAAAAGCGCUUUAGCGUCACUUUCAGCGUGAGUGAUACGGGCCGGGGCAUGUCUCGCGACUUUUUAGAAAAUCACCUGUUCCGGGCGUUUGCACAAGAAGACAGUUUGGUGGAAGGUACCGGACUGGGCAUGAAUCUGGUCGCGAAGAUUGUCAAGUCCUUCGACGGCAAAAUUGAAGUCUUAAGCGAGAAAGGCAUUGGAUCUUGCUUCUCCGUCACGCUUCCACUCGAGCACAGUCGAGUCAAGCGGGAUCCUUUAGGUACACGCAACCCUGCGCGGCCGCUCGUAUAUCGAUCCAUUUCUGGCCUGUCGAGAGCUGUGGCCGGAUGUGCCAUCGGCGUCAUCGAUACUGCGUCCACACCUUCGGGCAAUCAACGAGCUGACGAGAUCGCACGUGCGCUUCUUCUGAGCAGCGUCCAUAAGACUCUCGAUGAAGUAGGCGUGGUCCCACACGUAUGUACAUGGCAGGGCGAUGAAGCCGCAGAUGUGUACCUCGUUACAGAGGCCGAAUUACGGAACGAACUGUGCCGCCGCCAGGAAGUGGGCUGCUUCGAUGGAUCCAUGUCGCCGAGCGCAAUCAGCGACACGCCCUUCAUCGUGCUGUGUGAUAGCACCGUGUCUGCCCGGAAACUUCGAACUCCUGGACUGGGACACAUUGCAACCGGACAUAUCGAACUUAUAGCUCAGCCUGCAGGGCCUGAGCGUCUACUCAAAGCCAUAUCGUCCUGCUUGAAGAAGAAGAAGAAAAAGGAGAAGAAGAACGGUGAUGCUGUUGCUCACAACAACAGUACGGAACUGGUUGGGGAAAUCGGUACCACCCCAGCGAUGGUAUUGUCUCAUCCCGAGGUACUAAUGAGUGCUUCACCGCGAAGGCCAGGACUGGUGUAUCGAGGCCGAUACGAUACAAUUGUGGGUCGCAUCCGACAAGAACCGUUCCCGUCACCACAGAAGUCGAAAAGUCCAUCUGAUAUCGAGCAGCAGCAGCAGCAGCAGCAGCAGCAGCAACAACAACAAAAGGACCACGGAAAACGUCUGGACAAAGCCAAAUUGGAGCGGAGACUCUCUUCGGAUUACAAGUUUCCGAGGAUUCCAUCGCCUUCGCUCAAUGGCUCUAAGCCACGCGUCAGUACGGCCAAGGACUCUUCCAAGCAGAUGACUCUGAAGGCGGACCAGGGCAAGAAGAUGAACGGUAGAGGAGUUUCGUUACUCCUCGUUGACGAUAAUUCAAUCAACCUCCAACUUCUCGUCACAUACGCAGAAAAGUAUGGUCAUCGCAAGAUUAUAGCCACAGAUGGUCUCCAAGCAGUUGAGUCAUACAAGCAAGCGGCUCUGGAAGCCGAAGCCCAAGUUGAAGCAGCAAAGGAAGCCCAAGAAAAGCAAAAAGCCUGCCCAACAGCAAUGACGACCUUCCGAGACACCAAUACCUCUAAGAACUCGACCUCCUCCACUCUUCCCCAUCAACGUAGUAGCAGUCGUGGUCAUGUUCCUGAUCAUAAUCACAUCGACGCCACCCCUCAUCAUCCUCUCUCUUUCUCAGCAACAGCAGCAGCAGUAACGCCCUCCCCACCACCACCACCACCGAUCAAACCCCAAGUCAUCCUCAUGGACAUCAACAUGCCCAUCCUUAAUGGCUUCGAAGCCACACGACAGAUCCGAGGGUUCGAAAAACAAAAAGGCCUCUCACCGCCGGCGACCAUCAUCGCGCUGACGGGUUUGGGAAGCGCCGAGGCGCAGCAGGAAGCGUUUAGUUCCGGGGUGGAUUUGUUCCUGACAAAACCUGUCCGUUUGAAGGAGUUGACGAAGAUUUUGGAGGGGAUUCAGAAUGUUGAAGGGCAUGGAAGUGGGAGUGUGAUUGGAGAGAGAGAGCAAAGGUACUAGCAUCCUGGAUUGUUUCAGGUGGAGGGAGAUUAGUGCUGCCAGUUUGGGCGAUGAUGACUAAGCCGCUGUGCCGCUGUGGAUCCCCUGACCCUCUUAACUAGGAGUUAGGCGCGCGCGUAUCCAUUGCACCUCCC